UGACUGGAAACCUGUUCAUGGGAGAAUUACAAAAAUGCAGCAAAGAACCUUCUUUCAGAUUGGUUUCUUCCUUUUAGCUAGCAUUGAAAUAACUUCAGCAGUGCUACACGACUGCACAGAAAUUCAACGAAACAACAGGAAUGCUACUUCUGGGCUUUUCAUCAUUCAACCUGUCCGAUCCCCUCCACUUGUGGUCAACUGUGUCAUGAGAAACGAUAGUGGCUGGACAGUGAUUCAAAGUAGCACCAGAGGUAGCAAGAUCACAUGGACAGAGAGCUGGACCACAUAUAAAUAUGGCUUUGGUGAUGUGCUGAGUGAUCACUGGUUGGGUAAUGAGUACAUCUACCUUCUAACCAGGCAAACUCAUUACAAACUCAGAAUAGAGUUCAUAGAUCAUCGCAAUGCAAUUAAAUAUGCAGAGUAUUCCACUUUUUACUUAGAACCUGAGAGUGGGAAGUACACAAUCAGGCUUGGUUCAUUUUCUGGGAAUGUUCGUGACCAAAUGACCCAACUUGCAACCAAUCAAAUGAUUGUUAACCAGGGUUUUACUACAAAGGAUAGGGAUAAUGAUAACUACAGAAGUUGUUGUGCCAGUAGUCGUGGUGGAUGGUGGUUUGAUGCCUGUGGUUAUGUGUGGCUUAAUAACAAGAACCCAUUUUGGUCUGGAAUUAGCAUUAAGAAAGUCACCAUGAUGGUUCAAGCACUGUGUUAAUUCUGGCUUCACAAGCAAUAUCAAUUUGUUUGUCACUUAUUUAUUCAGUGGCCAUUAACAUCACAUUGCUAUUAUGGGGAGAAAGCAAAUUAUUUCCAUGAUUACAAAAUACCAGUAGUGUUCAGUAUCCAGUCUACUCUUACUUCCACUAUAUGACCCCAAAUUAUUUCAACUGGGAGGCAUAAAUAUUUACCACUCCACUCCCUCCCAGUUGCCCCAUUAUUCAUUACACUCCUGGAUCCAAAUGCAUUUACUAUCCCAAUAGUAAAUAACUUGGGGCAUCACAAAAUUCAUCACUGUUCCCAUUCCCCAGGUUGAUAGUCACUGAAUAAAUUAAAUCAGAUUCUUUGCCAGAGGAGAUGUCUUUAUUUCAGGAUGAUAAAAAUUGGUAUAAUCCUGUAUGUUCAUAAAUUCAUGUUUUUCAUGUUACCACAUAAAUACUACAUCACACUAUGUGCAAAGCAAGCUGGACUUUUUUUCACAGCUCAAUCAAUUUUUGCAAAAUUUGAAUGCAACAAAUCAUUUAUCCAGAGCACAUAUGAACAUGCUUGAAGUCUGGAAAAUAAUGGACAGCAACAUGUAAAUUUGUGAGGAAAGUUUAUUGGCCGCCACAUGGGCUGAUUCUAUCAGAGCAAGCCUGCAUUCUAAUUGGCUGAGAAUUCCAUUAAUCUGCUUUAGCUCUUUUCCAGAUCUACUUAUGUUAAAAAUUAGUGUAUGUUUGAUUACUGCAAUCUUAUCCAAUAAACUUUCAUGAGCAAAGACCUUAUGCUUUAAA